CACCGGACACCCUGGACCAGAUACACGGUACGGUCGAACCGUUCUCAAUCAUCCAUGAGCCCAGCGGCGGUGGCCACGCCAGCAACGGAAUCUAGGUUAGAAGGGCUCGAUGAUGAUGGGCUAAUUAAUGGAGGGAUUGCGCCGCUUACCGUGUUAUUGAGUGUCGCGAUACAUGGAACGAGGGUGGUAUAUUCCGACUACCACGGGAUUGUUCGAUGGAUGGAAAGAGACGGGAUUCAUCGUGUGCGGGCGUUCGAAAUCCCGUAUGUCUGGGUGGAUUCUGACACUUCAGACCCAUCGGAUGAAGAAUAUAAAACGGCCGAUUUCAUACAGACAAUCACUCCAACGGUCAACCCUAGCAUGGCUUUUGACCACGCAGCUUCGUCGAAGCAUGGUGAAAGGGGGGUGGAUAUGUCCAACCUCCUCGUAUUGACGAACAAGAGAAAUGUGGGAAUGCUAUCGUUUGGUAUAAGAGAGUUCGACGAGACAGCUAGAACCAGAAAGGUUGGAUAGUUCGCAGGAAACGGAGCGAGCGGAAGAGAAGAAGAUAAGAUAUUGGUUGUAGGAGAAGGCGGACGACACGUAUGGAGGGACUUAACUGGCGAGCCAGGACCUCUGGAUUACGUGACAUUUUUCUCACCCAUGGACGAGGACGGAUAUUAAAUCAGCGCAUUAUUGUUCAACACU